AUGCCUCGCCUAUCACCAUUCCGACCGCUCCUGCGGCUCGCAUCUACCAGCACCAGCACUGCCACAACCACCACCACCACCACCACCACCACAGCGCUUCCACCGGUCGCAUCCACAUCCUACGCCCGCUUUGCAACCGCACCCCUCCUAACGCGCUCUGCGCCCACCGUCUCUCCCUACCUGCGCACCGCGCUCCGACCAGCCACACCAUCGCUACUCUCCACCACAUCAACCUCGAGCGUUCUCUCGCUGCUUUCACCCUCCUCUAGCCCCAGUGGGGUCUCUACGGCGGCGCUCGGCCAGCAGACAAGAAGCGUGACGUACGGGUCCGAGUACCAGCCCUCGCAACGCAUCCGCAAGCGUCGACACGGGUUCCUCGCCAGGAACAAGACCAAGAAUGGCCGCAAGACGAUCAUGAGGAGGCGGUUCAGGGGGAAGGCGAAGCUGAGUCAUUGA